AUGCUAUCCUACGCCGUGCCGGGUGAGGACUUUGUGGUCCUUCCACCAAGUGCCUUCCUCGUGCCCCACGUGGAGGAACGGGGGCCUCCCAACCAGGACCACAGGAAGAAAGGUCUUCAGAGUGAGACCAAAGUGCUUGGGACCAUCCAGAUCGUCUCCGGCACCAUGAUUAUGAGCCUGGGGAUAAUUUUGGUGUGGGCUUCCUUCCUCCAUCACUUCAGCCCCAUUGUUUUAACCUUGAUUUCAUCUGGAUACCCGUUCGUUGGUGCCAAGUGUUUUAUCAUCUCUGGAUCGCUGUGUGUCAUCUUGGAAAAAAUAUCAAAUAAGCGUUUGGCUUGGAUCAGCCUGGUCAGCAGCCUCCUGAGUCUCUUCAUCACUUUUACGGGCCUCAUCCUCCUCCUCGUCAACCUGGCUGAGGUGCUCGCCGUCUGGGGACGGUGCGAACUGGCCGUGGCGUCCAGGCAGAGGUCCGAGGACAACUACUUCUCUUCGAGAGAUGUGACCUCUGGCUGCUUCUUCCUCGCGUCCAGUCUGCUGGGGGUGCUGUCCAUCAUGCUUCUCUUCACACUGUUGGAGCUCAGCAUUGCUAUCCCGUCUUCCAUCCUCUGGUGGAAACAGGCCCGUUCAAGCACCCCCGGGGUCGUGCUCUUUCUGGCUCAGAGUGACACGGUCGUCACCAGCGCGCCCCCAAAAGCAUCUGCUGAUCCUGAUCCUCAUCCUGGAUUUGAUGAACUGGCGGCCUCUUAGGAGAGAGAGCGUGAAAAAGAUGGAAUGAGACAACGAGAG